AUGGCCGGAAUACUUGCGCGAAGACUGAACUUCGUCAAUCUUCAUUACGCAUACAUCAUCCUCUGCUCGCUGUUUGCUUUCAUCAUCAUCUACCCAUAUGGCAAUCUCCGACCGAUCGACGCCUUUUUCUUUGGAGUCAGUGGGAACACUGAGUCUGGGCUGAACACGUAUGUGAUCGUUGGAAUGCUCCCAUCCGAUAGACAUGGAUUGACUAGGGAAAUUAGUAUCGAUGUCAAGGCUCUCGAGACCUAUCAGCAAUUGGUUAUUUACUUCUUCCCCAUCAUCACCAAUCUAGGGUUCAUCAACAUCUUGGUCGUCGUUGUUCGCCUGUGGUACUUUGAGAAGCGCCUGAAGAUAGUUGGCUCAUCUCGGUCGUCGGUGACGUUCGCCAAUCGCCCUCAGCAAGCACCACAAAGUGGCAAAGCCGUACUCAAUGACGGUGUUCAUGAGGAGUCUCAAGAGUCAAGUUUGCCGGAAAGUCAAACGACAACGGACACGCCUGAUGAGACCAACACAAAGCCCGGCUUCCAAGCCAGCACAACAGAGCAACCUUCGAUCGUUUGGGCGCAAGAUGUAGUCGAUAGCAAGCACUUGCCCACAUCCCGAUUCGGCAAAGCAUCCGUACAUGUUGACAGCAAGUCGCUUGAUGAGAGAGCAGGGGUGAGCGGUCAAUCCCAAGACGACGGGCCAUCCACCGAUAGCCUAGAACUGGUCACCGUACCAUUGAGCAAGAGCCAUUCAAUGCCCACCAGAUCAAGGACACCGCCAGAGCGAGCUGCUCGCACCACCUCCUUUGCUCUUGAAAAUGCGGACAGGAUAACCCAGCGGUCCUCUUCCAUGCAUCGAUUACCUGCUGCAUUCGACGCCUUGCCCCAACUUUCUCGUCACGCAAGUGUUGGCCGGAACUCCAUGUUUCAGAACCUGACCAGGAAGGACAAGGAGCUGCUUGGUGGCGUUGAGUAUCGCAGUCUGAAGUUGCUGCUCAAGAUCGUUGUCUGCUAUUUCUUCGGCUUACACCUCUUUGGUGUCCUGGCUCUGGCGCCCUGGAUCGCUCGUGCUCCGAUAAAGUACCGGGAUUAUCUUGAGUCACAAGGACAAGGGCAGGUCUGGUGGGCCUUCUACUCAGCUCAGACAAUGGUGGACAACUUGGGCUUCACUCUCACGCCCGACUCGAUGAUCUCCUUCCGCGACGCCACCUGGCCCAUGCUGGUCAUGACCUUCCUGGCUUUUGCUGGAAAUACCUGCUACCCGAUAUUUCUCCGGUGCAUCAUCUGGACAAUGCGUCGAUGCACCCGAGAGCGCAGCUCCAUGCGGCAGCCGUUGCAGUACCUGCUCGACCAUCCGCGGCGUUGCUACACUCUCCUCUUCCCCGGAAACGUCACCUGGAUCCUCUUCGGCAUCCUGUUCGUCCUAAACUUCAUCGACACUCUCCUGAUCGUCUCGCUAGACCUCCACAGCGAAGAGCUCACGACACUGCCACUGGGCCCUCGCAUCCUAGCAGCCCUCUUCCAAGCGGCCAGCUCCCGCCACACCGGCACCUCCACCUUCAACCUCGCCAAAGUCAACCCAGCGGUCCAAUUCAGCCUGCUGGUAAUGAUGUACAUCGCCAUCUUCCCGAUCGCCAUGUCCGUCCGCGCGAGCAACACCUACGAAGAGCGCGCCCUCGGCGUCUACGUAGCUGACGAGACGCCGGGAGACACCGAGAAGCCAGCGAAAUACCUCACCCACCACAUCCGCAACCAGCUCUCAUUCGACCUAUGGUACAUCUUCCUCGGAACCUUCUGCAUCUGCAUCGCCGAGGCCGAUCCCAUCAAGGACACCAGCAACGUGGCCUUCACCGUCUUCUCCAUCUUGUUCGAAGUCACGAGUGCGUAUGGUAAUGUUGGGUUGAGUCUUGGUACCAAUGCCACUUAUACGAGUUUGUGUGGUGACUUUAGUAUCUUCAGCAAGCUGGUCAUUUGUGCCAUGAUGCUGAGGGGGAGGCACAGAGGUCUGCCGUAUGCGCUGGAUCAUGCGGUGAUGUUGCCGAGUGAUGCGGAUGAGGAGACGGUUGGGGCUGGAGAUAAGGCUUGUUGA